GGGGGCGGUAGCAGCUGGCAACCCCGCUGUCACGAUCGUGAGGGUCGCGGGGCACAGAGGCGACUUCCAGUCGCUCUCUGGCCAGCCACCGAAGCCGAGAGAGCUGCCGAUGGGUGAGGAGGGGGCAGCAAGCUUUCGGUCUCUCCGGCCCUGAAUGCUUUCACUCGGCUGCUGCCGCUGGGGCCGCUUUGGUGCCUCAGAACUCUGAGACCAGACGCUGAAGGAGAGCAAGGACGCUGCAAACUUGCGCGGCGGCAGCCUGAGCGUCCGUUCCUCAGCGCGGUCUCGGUUUAGGUCCAGAAGUUCAGUGAGUAGUGCAAUCGGAAGACUUCCCACUGCAGAGGGUCGCAGGAGGGUGCGCGCGAAAGCAGCUGUUGCCCUCGGUUCCCUUUCAAGAGGAGGAAGAGGAGCUCAGAGGAGCCGAAGGCAGCUCAGGAGGCGGACCGGACAACAGACCAGCUCGGAGCCACCUUUCACAGUAGGAAAGUUGCAGAGGAUUGAAGGCCGCGCAAGAGAGGACAGACCACAGCUCAGGCCGCGGGGGGCAGGAGAGGACGGUACCCAGUUGCCAUCUCGCUUUAACCAUAGUCGUCUCUCUCAUUCCAGGCGCAGUGAGCUGCAAAACCCGGGGCGCGGCACUCCGCGAGGCGGGCGAGAGACACAAGGUCCCAGCUGCUGAGCCCUUUGCGCUUCAGGGUCUCUUGACACGCCCCUGAGCUUCCAGCCCCGUUUUACUGAGAUUACUGCUUGCCUCCUUGCAGUUGGAGGAAAGAGAAUCGAGUGCACAAACCCCCGAGAUCAGGUGGAAGGAGCGGCUCAGGAUCAACACUGUUCGGAGCCCCUUCCCCAUUUAAGGGAAGCGGAGGGCGAGGCUGGAUCUGGGAGAGUCGGGAGAUAGUAUAAACAACCCCUCUCUGACGGGAUGGGAGCCAUAGGGCUUCUAUGGCCGCUGCUGCUGCUGCUGCUUUUAGCGGCAGCCUCGGGUUCCGGGACUGGGACAGAAACCGGCCAGCGCGUGGUCUCACCGGCCAUGGGGCCGGCACUGCAACCCCGGGAGCCGCUUAGCUACUCGCGCUUGCAGAGGAAGAGCCUGGCGGUGGACUUUGUGGUGCCCUCGCUCUUUCGCGUCUAUGCCCGGGACCUGCUGCUGCCGCCGUUGUCCCCCUCAGAACCGAGGGCUGGCCGGCUGGAGGCACGCGGCUCUCUGGUUCUCGACUGCGCCCCACUGCUUAGGCUGGUGGGGCCUUCACCCGAGGUCUCCUGGACAGCAGGUGCCAGCUCUCCCGCCCCGGCCCAGGCACGGACGCUGUCCAGGGUGCUGAAGGGAGGCUCUAUUCGCAAGCUCCGGCGCGCCAAGCAGCUGGUGCUGGAGCUCGGAGAGGAAGCGAUCCUUGAGGGCUGUGUAGGGCCCCCCGAGGAGACGACGGUGGGGCUGCUCCAGUUCAACCUCAGUGAGCUGUUCAGCUGGUGGAUUCGCCACGGCGAAGGGCGGCUGAGGAUCCGCCUGAUGCCCGAGAAGAAGGCGUCGGAAGUGGGCAGAGAGGGAAGGCUGUCCGCUGCGAUCCGCGCCUCACAGCCCCGCCUUCUCUUCCAGAUCUUGGAGACCAGGACCGGUUACAUCUCCUUGGAGUCACCGACAAACCUACCUUCCCUUCCUCCUGAUUCUUUUGCAUGGAAUCUGACCUGGAUAAUGAAAGAUUCCUUCCCUUUCCUGUCUCAUCGCAGCCGAUAUGGUCUGGAAUGCAGCUUUGACUUCCCCUGUGAGCUGGAGUAUUCCCCUCCACUGCAUAACCGAGGGAACCAGAGCUGGUCCUGGCGCCGCGUCCCCUCUGAGGAGGCCUCCCAGAUGGACCUGUUGGAUGGGCCCGAGACAGAGCAUUCCAAGGAGAUGCCCAGAGAUAAAACACUGGAGACCCAGUUAAAUUUAAGCUUCAAGUGA